AAAAAUCUGACGCAGUUUUUUUCUUCUCCCCCAGGAUUCAGCAGGGGAACUCUUAGUCUUGACCUUCGUGUCGUCAUUUCCAAGAUGGCGGACGGGCCGUGGAGAGGACUCCGGGUGUUCUACAACAGAACCACGAGGUAGCACCGCUGUCUACAUGCUCUACUGUUGAGGCCACCCAGCACUGAAGUUUCUGGAAGAUUCUAUCACAGUCAACGAUAUUCACGAAAAUGAAGCUUUUUGAGACAGCACUUCUUCUUCACGUUUGCCUUACAAUAUGUGUGGGCCUUCCCGACACCAUAAGAAUAGGUGGCCUGUUCAACAAGCAAAUGCCGUUCACUGAUGAGGAGGUGGCAUUCAAGUUCGCCAUGAACGAAAUCAACAAAAACGCGACCCUCCUGGCAGGGUCAACCCUGAUCUCUGACAUUCAGCAGAUCAAAGUCAACGACAGCUACGAGGCCUCCAGAGCAGCUUGCUUCCAGUUGACUCUAGGAGUAGCAGCAAUUGUCGGGCCUUCAUCGCCCAGAUCAUCACCUACUGUCCAGUCUCUCUGCACCGCACUCACCGUACCCAACAUACAGACAACCUGGAACCCUGACCAGGUAGAAGACAGAUAUUCUGUUAACCUGUACCCAGACGCCUUGAUGUUAUCUCAGGCCAUACUCGACAUGGUCAACUACUACGGCUGGACCAGAGUCGCGCUUCUUUACGACAGCGACGACGCCCUGAUAAGACUACAGGAGCUGCUGAAGGCUCCAGCGAGAACCAAGAUGGAGCUGAAGAUUAGAAAGUUACGGCGGGAGGACGGAGAAGGCGUGCUCAAGGACUGCAAACUGGACGGCAGCAACAACAUCAUCAUCGACGUGUCAUACGAGAAACUACCCAGGGUUCUGCACAAGGCUCUACAGCUCGGCAUGAUGACGCAUUUCUAUCACUACAUUGUCACCUCUUUGGAUUUAGCCACGAUCGAUCUGGAGAACUAUAGACAUGGUGACGUCAACCUGACGGCGUUCCGGUUGGUCGAUAACAAUAACCCGAGAGUGCAGGAGGUUCUUCGUGAUUGGACGAGAGUACGAGAGUCUUCUAACGUCAUUAGUGGUACCAUUAAAGAUGGCCUCACGACGUCCGUUGCUCUCAUGUUUGAUGCUAUCUACGUGCUCGUGGCCGGACUUGAGGGAUCUGACGUUGGUCAGGAGAUCUCGCUGAGCAAGUUAUCGUGCGACAACAGGAAAGCCUGGCUUUACGGCCAUACUGUGCUCAACUACCUGAAAGUAGCGGAAUUACAAGACGGCUUAAGUGGUCGGAUUAAAUUCGACAGUAACGGACAGAGAACCAAGUUUAGCCUGGACGUCAUGGAACUCAGGGAAGCUGGGCUGACAAAGAUUGGAACUUGGAAUUCAGGAGAGCGACAGGCACUGAACAUUACCGACAGGUCGUUGUCAGGCUCAAACGUCACCAAUUCUCUACGGAACAAGACACUCAUAGUCACCACCAUUUUGGAAAAACCUUACGUCAUGCAAAAGAGGUCCGACGAAGAGCUGUUGGGUAACGACAGAUUCGAAGGGUUUUGUAUCGACUUACUCAACGAGAUCGCCGCCAUUCUUGGAUUCAAGUACGAGAUAUACCUCGUGCCCGAUGGGCAGUAUGGCGCACCCAUGGAGGACGGGAAAUGGUCAGGCAUGGUGAAGGAGCUGAUAGAUCAGCGUGCUGAUCUGGCCGUGGCUCCCCUGACCAUCAGCUUCAUUCGUGAACAAGUCAUAGACUUCUCCAAACCGUUCAUGAACGUGGGUGUCACCAUAAUGUACCGCGUACCGAACAGAACCAACCCCGGGGUCUUCUCCUUCCUCAACCCGCUGUCCUACGACAUCUGGCUGUAUAUCCUGCUGUCGUACCUUGCCGUGAGCGGGGUCCUCUUCGUUCUCGCCAGAUUCAGCCCGUACGAGUGGUACAAUCCUCAUCCGUGUAACCCCAACUCGGAGUAUCUCGAGAACCAAUUCACCCUGCUGAACAGUAUGUGGUUCUCUAUCGGCGCCUUCAUGCAGCAAGGUUCGGAGAUCAUGCCGCGGGCGCUGUCCACGAGACUUGUAAGCGGAGCGUGGUGGUUCUUCACGCUGAUUAUGAUCUCCUCCUACACCGCUAACCUGGCGGCGUUCCUCACCGUGGAGAGAAUGGAGUCACCUAUCGAGUCAGCAGAUGAUUUAGCGAAGCAAACGAGGAUAAAGUAUGGGACUUUGGAUUUCGGGGCAACCCAGACAUUCUUUAAGAAUUCUAAAAUCCCCACGUAUGAGAAAAUGUGGGCCUUCAUGAGCUCCCAGGAACCGUCGGUGUUCACCAAAUCUACGGAGGAGGGGAUCGACCGGGUGCUGAACGAGAACUACGCCUUCCUGCUGGAGUCCGCCAUGAACGAGUACUUCACCCACAGGAACUGCAACCUCACCCGCGUGGGAGGACUGCUGGACUCGAAGGGUUACGGCAUCGGGACUCCUGAGGGUUCGCCAAUCCGAGACAAAAUCACCAUAGCCAUCCUGCAGCUCCAAGAGGCAGGUCAGAUCCAGAUGCUGUACAACAAGUGGUGGGUGAACAUGGGCCAGUGUUCCAACGAGGACAAGAACAAAGAGGCCAGCGCCCUGGGCGUGGCCAAUGUGGGCGGCAUCUUCAUCGUGCUGAUCGCCGGUCUGGUGGUCGGCAUAAUCGUGGCCAUCAUCGAGUUCAUCUGGAAAUCCAGGUCCACUCAGGAAAGGGACAAGAUCAGCCUUUGUGACCAAAUGCAGCAGCAGUGGAGAGACAUCAUGGUGGGAGGCACGCGCAGGCCCACCUCGGGUGUCCACAAGGAAGACCUAUAUUCAGACAGCCUCCCAACGACGGUCCAGGUUGAGCUUUUGAAAUUUGAAAAGUUUGACCGGAUCAGAACUGACCGAGUUCGUAGAGAAUAUGCAGAUCCCUGAGGAAAUUGUUUCCUGUCUGAGGUUAAUAAUGACGGGAAUAGUGAAGAAUUAAUCAGUGACAAUAAUAAUGAGUUUCAGAUACGGUCGUGCCUUUAUCACCUGUAGUAACCCAGUCUUAUGACCCAAUAAUAAUCAACGAAAACCAACACCGCUCAGCUCACAAGUCUCAGGAGAAAAUUACAUACUCUCCAUUCAACGUGAUCCAUUAAACAACAAACCAAAGAUGACUUACAUUGUCUGCCUAUUUUUAAACGUAAAAUGGUAUAUGAUGAUGGUCAAGUAACAUUUUGUACACAGCCAUGUAUACAUCUAUCGCAUUUCACAUGACGUCAUUGGGACACCAACAUGGCGGAGGACACAGCUAAAUGUUCGGAUUUUAGUCAC